AUGAAGAAGAAGUAUGAGGGCAAUGAAAGGGUGAAACGAUCCAUUCUUCAAGCUCUUCGCAAAGAGUUUGAAACUCUUGAGAUGAAAUCUGGUGAAGGUGUCUCUGACUAUUUCUCAAGAGUGAUGUUUGUAGCCAAUAAGACGAGAGUUCAUGGUGAACAAAUGAGAGAUGUUACAAUAGUACAAAAAAUACUUCGAUCAUUGAGUGACAAAUUCAAUUAUGUUGUUUGUUCAAUUGAAGAGUCUAAGGACAUUGACCUCCUAUCGAUUGAUGAACUGCAAAGUUCCUUAAUUGUUCACGAGCAGAAGUUCCAUAGGCACAAAGGAGAAGAGCAGGCACUCAAGGUAAUUCAUGAAGAAAAUGUAGGAGGAAAAGGUCGUGGUCGCUGA